AUGGGCUUUCGCGUGACGCAUUUGCUUCGUUGUUCUUUUAAAGGUCUAUGCGCAAACGAAUCGUCGUCAAAAGUCCCAGUUAAAUAUGCAGUAAAAGAACGUGGACGAGUUGCUUGGUGGCGGAGAGCUGUAUACAAUGCGCCAGUUGUAAGUCCACUUGAACGAGGGGUCGAUUUCACAUUUCAAGAUGGUCGUCCAGUUUUUGCUACUUCACAGCGUGAUCUUAAUAGAAAGUUAAAACAGAUUGAAUUAGGGAAAAAAAUCGUCAAAUUAUUGGAGGAAAUGAAAACAGCUGAAAUACUGUGGCUGGAAUCCGUUGAAAGUGAGCAACAAAAAGAAGAAGAAAUCAAUCGAUGGCGACCUUUGGAAAAGGGGCAAAAUGAGCUUUAA